CUGCAGCUAAACAUUUAAGUAUCACCUGCUCAGGCAUAGAUUCAGCGGCCAGCGCGCGAAACCACAAGCCAGGAGCAGGUUCUUUCGUGCAAUGUACCCACGGGGAUAUCUCGUCACCACGAUUUAGGAUCGUAUGAGUAUGAAGCACCGUAUGGUCACGAAUUCAGGACAAUAGGCGAGGCCAUUGGCACAGGAGCAUGUACUUCGGCAGCCUCGGCUUGUUUUUUCCCUGCUCUUCCUCCAGCUUUCACAUCAACAGUAAUUUCUGCAUACAAGAAGACUUAGGUUGAACAUGGAGAUGUUCAAAAUGGAGCUGGAGGACGCGGUCUGCGCGACAGAAGCCGACACACACCUCGCCAGCGUGCUCGGUGGCGACUCGCAAGACCUCCUUCAGGACCUGUUGAAUGUGUUCAAUGAAGAGCCGCCGUUUGGAGGCAGCUUUGUGCAAGAACAGCCCGACGCGCCAACUUCCACGCGGACCGAAAACGCUGGCAGUGGCCAACCGGCCAGCUCUAGCGAGGGCCAGGCCGCGAGCGGCGGGACCGCUCGAAUGCCCUCGCCACAGCUCGGCACACCGCCAGUUGUUGAAGCGCAGCUGGUGCACCCCAACCUGCUGGGCCCAGCCAAGCCUGAGCACCCGACCGCGGUCGCGCUCGCGGCGCCCGCCGCGCCCACGGCGUGGCCGGUUCCCGGCCCCGCAGCGGCCCUAAGCGCGAUGACGUUUGGCAGCCCGACGCAACCCAGCGAUGCCGGCGUGCCGCCAUUCGCCACCAAUGCCAGCCUGGCUGCCGGCAUGUGCUUCGCGCCCGCUACUUCAGCUAUGGCUGCUAGCAACGCCGGGCCGCAGCAGCAGCACCCCGCGCUUGCCAUGCCCACUCCGGUGGUGGCGACAGCUGCCACACACCCCGCGGCGCUACUCGCGGGGCCGCCUGCAGCCGGAACCUCGCCACAGCCGCAGCUACAGCUGCAGGCACAGACGCCGUCGCAGCAGGCGCAGCAGCUCCUGCUGCAGCAGCACCUGCAGCACCUGCACCUGCAGCAGCAGCAGGCGCUGCACCAGAUGCUGCGCGCCGCAUCCCUGCCCGCCGCCACAGGUGACCGCGCGGGCACGUCUGGAUUGGGCGCCGCAACAGACGCCCACGCGGCAGUGGCCUCUGCAGCGGCCUACGCCGCGGCUGCGGCCGCAGCUGUGGCGCGCAAUUCUCUGGAGGCCUCUGCGGCAGCCGCAGCCGGUUCGUCACGCUCGGCACCCCCUGCAGCAUCAAACCAUUCGCUUGCGGCAUUCGCCGCAGCGGCGGCGGCUGCCGGCGCCUCGCUUGCGUCACCGCGGUCCGGCGGCAAUGAGCGGGGACUGGCGACGACUGCGGCGGGGGCUGCGGGCGUGAGCCACUCAGCGGUGGAGAAGCAGCGACGCGACCGCCUGAACAGCCUGAUCGAUGAGCUGCGCUGCCUGGUGCCGCCCCAAGCGGAGCCCGCGGGCGGCGCGGCGGCGGCCGCCGCAGCCGCGGCGGCGGCGGCGGAGGGCGGCGCGGCGGCUGAGCGCAACCGGCCCAAACAUGCGGUGCUGGCGGACACAGUUGCCCUGGUGCGGGCGCUGAAGCAGCAGUUACUGCUCGGCAGCGUAACAGAUGUGCUCGGGCCUUCGGCUGGUGAAGGCCGCGGCCGCACUGGCGGGUCGCCGCCUCCGCCGCUCUCCAUUAGUGGGCCCACGCCGACCAGGGACGCGCCGUCGCCAGCACCCUCGCCUCCCCCGGGUGCAGCUGCAAAUCAGCUGGCGGCCGGCCAAAGCCACGUGAUAGUAAAGCGCGGCCCGGACUGCUACUAUGUGCAGAUUGAGUGCCGCGACCGGCGCGGGCUGUUGAGCGACAUCGUGGGCGCGUUGAAAGAGCUGCCGCUGCAGAUUCGCAACGCCUCUGUCACGACUGGCGCGGACGGCACCGUCCACGACGUCUUCGAACUGGCGCCCACUACACCCACAACCACCGCCGCCACCACAACCAGCUCGGCCGCCGCGCCGCCGGCGGCGGCUGCAGUGGCCGCGGCAUUGUCGUACGAGCCCGCUGCGCUCAAGGCAUGGGUGCAGGCGGCGCUGGCGCAGCGCGAGCUGCAGCAGCAGGCCGCACGGCAGCAGCAGGAGCAGCAAGCAGCUGCAGCGGCGAUGCAGAUGCAGAUGCUGCCGCCGGGCGGCGGGCACAGCUUCCCGCCGGCGGCGGGUGCCACCGGCAUGGCCCUUACAAGCGGCGGCAGUCUGGCGACGGCCGCACCCGUGGCGCUCGCCACCAGCUUUGCCGCGCCGGCGGCUCAGCAUGCCGCGGCCGCCGCCGGCGCGACGGAUGCCGAACUUAUGUUCGCUAACUUCAACAUGGAGGCGGAGCAGCUGAUGCAGAAGCGGCCGCGCGCCCACUGAGGAUGAGCUGCGCCUCAGGAGUGGGACUGCCGCGCCGCGGGAUUGCGUACCGUACCUCAGGAUUGCUGCACCGCGCGAUUAUUUACUGUUUGACUGUGCUGCAUUUGCUGCUGCAAGGAGCGCGCAUGGCGGGUAGCUUCGCUCGGGCAUGCAUUUCGUUCCGGAGCCGUCAACGAGGAGCUACGUCGCGCCGCGCACAGCUUGCAGCCUACGACAACGCCCGGCACUUCUCGUUCUUAUUGAAAUAUAUGAUUGACACACAUACAUUCUGAUACAAGGAAGAGCGGGCCCUGUGCACGGCCAAUUAGUUCUCAAUAAAUUGCAAGCACUACAUCGGUGCAUUGUUGCUCGGGCAUGGCAUGUGGGUGGGGGGGAGGUGGCUUGUUACCGGUUGCUGUCAUUUUGUUGUGCGUCAGCAGCGGGCACCUCCUUCCCGUAUGCACUGUUGAUCUGUCGUAUUAUCCAAGUUGAAGUAUUAAAAAAUGUUGAUUCUUGUGCCUUAUCUAGCACACUCGUUGUUGGGCGAGCGUGCUCGUCCACCGCCCCCUCAAAGAUGCGUCAACGGCCGGUCUGGCAGCCGCCAGUGGGGACGAGCACCGGAGAGACUUACGGCACAUACCCUUGCACAUUAACAGCGCUUUUGCUUCGUGCCGGAGCUUGUGUUUUGGUAAGCCCCUACAUGACAUAGGGCGACAUAGGAUUCUUACCAGCGGCGCUAACGUGCGUGCACUGUGCCUGUGUGUGCAUGUGUGCGUGUCAAGAGUGCGGCUUGUGGCCACGCUAUGGUUGAUGUGCCUGAUGGUGUUCGACAGUUUGCCUGUACGAACCGACCCCGGCUAUGUCCGGGAGAUGAGGUAGACGCUUGCGGCCUCAGACAUUCCUUGUCGACAGUUUAACGGCCUGUGUGCCGCUGCGGUACGAGCUGAGCGUGUACAUGGACAGGUGGUAGGGCGAAGCGGGCGACAAGCCCCCAGACCUUUGCGGGCGAGUAGACGGAGUGCAGAUGCAAACGGGACACAAGAGUCCUUGGCACUUCUGCUGCAACUUGUGCAGCAUGGGAACACUGAGUUUGCUGGGAUAAGUCGAGUGUGAGGACAUCUUUGCUGAGAUAACAUUAGCGACGUGCGUGAGGAUUGGGGCUGCACAAGAUGUUACUGAUAACAAUUUGACACGGCGCGAGGGCUAGGCAUGUUUGAAGGGCUCGUGGAGCUUAGCAGAUGAACUCCAGGCACUGGCGUGUCGUUGCUUUUCGACAUUUGAGGCUUGCGAGGGCACACGCUGCAUCCGGCGAAUUCGUUGGCGAGGCUGCGGGUAGCCACGGAACCGCUUUCAGGAUCCACAGUUGGCUAAUUGCACGCAUUUGAUAUUGCGAUUUGUUGGUCAAUGAUAGACCAGGGUGAGGGUAGGCGGGGGCGCUUUACAUGGCAGUAUCGCACGCACGCUGUUUAGCGGCUGUGCCGCGCAUGAGUGCACGUGUCACCCAGCCUGACGGCGCAAGGGCUCUCUGCUCCAUCUGCGCGGGACGCAGGGGUCAGUCUUAGACGCGUACACACAGUGUUUAUGCGAGUUGGCUUUCUCACGCAGUGUUUCGGAGGCAUGCUUUCUAGCAUGGUGCUUGGAAUCAAAUUGUGCCAAAUGUAUGUAGUGCACCGGCGGUGUAGGGCGAACGGGGGGUGGGUUGGAGCGUUAACCGGUAAUGCGGGUACUUGAACUUGAAGCGCAUUGUGGAAGGUGGCGGUGGAUUGCCUGCGACAAUGAGAUGGGAAGGAUGCUGUUGGUGGACAAGCGAAUGGGGAUACGUGCCCUCGAGUGUGCUUGUGUGUGUGUCUGCACGUGUGCGUGUACGUGAGUGUGAGUGUGAUGUUGGGGUAUUCGUUCGACGGAAAUACGCGCACGUGCAGGUGUGCGAGCGGGCGUACGCCUGGCGCCGUCCCUGGGACUCUGUACGCACCCUGUGGGUUUGACGGGGUGGGGGUGGAUGCGAGGAGCGUGCGCGUGGAAUCGAGGCCGCUGCAGGUUUAUCAAGUAGGUACGUGGAAUUGCCAUCCAAUUGGUGCGUAAGAGAACGCGGUUGCGUUGCCUUGGCUGGCGUGUGUCAGGUUGCAUUUGUGUAGCCAGGGAGUGGAGGAUUGGCAAUUCGCAUUGAGGAGAAGGGACCGUUUGUGAGGAGGAACCCACGUUGUGCACUACCGCACGCACAUGGGUGAGAGGCCAGGAAUGAGUUGGCGUGGGGAACGUGGUACUUGCAGUUGGAGGAUUGCUGGAAGGUCUUUGCUUUCGGCGAGAAAAAUACUCAAAGUACCGUAUAGCUGUAGACGGGCCGGCUUGCUCGGGGAUACAUAUUGCUUAGCACCCAGUUGGAUGGCACUGCCUGGGCUUGAAGACAACUCGGUUGUGCGCACUUGCAAUCUUUUCUUGCGUCCGUGGGUGUUUGGAGCCAGUUUGGCGCGGUGUUGAGCGGCUAUAGGGCUUGCUGCGGCUUGCUACCGCUUGCUCGUCAGCGGGCACAGGCGAGCAGCAGGCACCACGGUGGGGGCUUUUGCGGAACGUGGAUACGGUAACCAAUAGGGCAUCGGGCGAGCUGGUGCCGUUGUUGGCCUGUGAUGCGGCGUGAUAACGGUUUGCAGGACGGACGUGCGACAGGAAACAAGUAGGGUGUACGGCAGCUGUUGCUGUGCAUGCGGAAGGGCGGGUUCGAGGCGCGGGCAGAAGCUUGUGUUGGAUAAGCGUAUAAUGAAGCACUUAGGUCUGGUGCUAUGAAGGGAGUCGGUACGGUUUACAGUUACAUGUGCUUCGGUGUGUAGGCUGUAGGAUGCAGACCUGCAAGCCAUGGCCUCGCCAUCCAACCAAGGGCGGCGAGUGACAAGGCAACUUCUGGUGCGCUAAGACCCCGCUGUUGCAGGACGGUUUGAUGCACGCGGAUAUCGGACACAUGUAAACACCGUGAACG